AUGUCAAAACGCGCUGGCGAAAGUUCCUUUGAUACCCCGUCGGCAAAAAAACCUACUAUGAGCAAGAGCGUUGCUCCGGACGGGGGUGUUGGACAGGUGGAAAUUGAUGAAAAUCUCCAUUCGCGCCAGCUCGCUGUUUAUGGCCGUGAGGCCAUGAAGCGCUUGGCUACUUCAUCUGUACUUAUCAGCGGAGCAAAUGGGCUGGGGGUCGAGAUAGCCAAGAAUGUCAUACUUGCGGGUGUGCGGAGUGUUACUGUGCAUGACGCAGUGACCGUCACCAUGACGGAUCUCUCCGCACAGUUUUACCUAGCGGAGCAGGAUGUUGGUCGCAACCGAGCGGAGGCGUGCCGAGACAAGCUUCAGGAGCUGAACACCAGUGUUGCAGUGCAUGCUGCAGCAGGCCCACUAACCAAUGAGUUCAUCAAGAAAUUCCAUGUGGUGGUUUGCACAACUGCUACUUUAAGAGAGGCGAAGCGUCUAGACGCGAUUUGCCACUCCGCCGGUAUUGCCUUUAUUUGGGCGGAGACCCGUGGUGUGUUCGCACGUGUCUUCACGGACUUUGGCCCCUCCUUUACUGUGUACGACGUUAACGGUGAGGAACCGCAUUCUGGCAUUGUGGCCUCUGUGAGCAGCGGCUCUCCCGCAAUUGUAACUUGCGUGGAGGACGAGCGGCUAGAGUUUCAGGACGGUGAGCUUGUGUCGUUCAGCGAGGUGGUGGGCAUGGAAAAGCUCAAUACGCAUGGACCAUUUAAGGUCAAGAACUGCAGGGCGCACUCUUUUGAGCUCGACCUCGACACAAGUAGUUGGGGAGAGUACGUGCGUGGUGGCAUUGUGGUACAGGUUAAGGAACCCAAGACCCUGGCAUUUAAAACGCUGGACGAGGCGCUCCUGAAUCCGGGUGAUUUCCUGCUGACGGAUUUCUCCAAACUGGACCGGGCGGCGCAGCUGCAUGUGGGCUUCCAAGCACUGGACCAGUUUGAGGCUGAGACAGGGCGGGCUCCUCGGCCUGCCGACGCGGCAGAUGCGUCAAAGCUGCAUUCAUUGGCUGAGCAAAUUAAUUCAGCUUUGCCUGCUGGUAGCGCAAAGCUAGAGGCUGUUGACGGUGGCGUGGUAACAAAGCUGGCACAUUGCGCCUCAGCGGAAAUCAAUCCUAUGGCUGCAAUGUUUGGCGGUAUAGUGGGCCAGGAGGUCGUCAAGGCCGUGAGCGGCAAGUUUCAUCCGAUUUUCCAAUGGCUGUACUUUGAUUCCAUUGAAUCUCUUCCAGACCAAGAGCAGCUGACAGCAGCAGGAGGAGCCGGCGCGGACGAGUAUAAGCCGUUAGGCACACGGUAUGAUCCACAGAUUGCGGUGUUCGGCCGGACGAUGCAGCGCCGGCUCUCGAGUUUGAAGCUUUUCCUGGUUGGCGCUGGCGCACUGGGCUGCGAGUUCCUGAAGAAUUUCGCCUGCAUGGGAGUGGCCUGUCAGCUGCAAGGGGCCCCGCAGCCCGGCAUUGUGACCGUGACGGACGAUGAUGUCAUUGAGAAGUCUAACCUCAGUCGCCAGUUUUUGUUCCGAGACUGGGACAUUGGAAGCGCCAAGUCAACCGUUGCAGCCGCUGCAGCACAAAAGCUCAAUCCUGCUUUCCAAGUGGUUCCGCUCCAGAACAGGGUGUCGCCUGAAACCGAAAACGUCUUCGACGACAAAUUCUGGCAGGGCUUGGACCUUGUGGUCAACGCGCUGGAUAACGUAAACGCACGUUUGUACGUGGACAGUCGUUGCGUGUACUUCUGCAAGCCGUUGCUCGAGAGCGGGACGCUGGGGCCCAAGUGCAACACACAGAUGGUUAUCCCCCGGCUGACGGAGAAUUAUGGUGCAUCGCGCGACCCGCCAGAGAAACAAGCGCCCAUGUGCACUGUCCACUCAUUCCCCCACAACAUUGACCACUGCCUGACCUGGGCCCGUUCAGAGUUUGAGGGGAUGCUGGAGAAGGGGCCCCGCGAGGCCGCCUCCUUCCUGGCCAACCCAGCCGAAUACGCCAAGGCUGUGCGGGCCAAUCCGGACGCCUCUGCCCGCCAGCAACUCGAGGCUGUAGCCGAAGUCCUGCUGGACAAUAGGUCCGCGACCUUCGAGCAGUGCAUCGCGUGGGCGAGGUUGCGAUUCCAGGAUUACUUCCACAACCGCAUAGCUCAGCUGACCUACACUUUCCCUGAGGACGCUACAACUUCUACUGGUGCCCCAUUUUGGUCAGCUCCUAAGCGCUUUCCACGACCGCUCAACUUUAACCCUGCCGACCCAGCGCACGCGGCGUUUGUUCAGGCUGGCGCCAUCCUGCGCGCUGAGGUUUACAACAUAUCCCGUCCAGACUGGGCCGUGGAUGCAAGCAAGGUGGCUGCUGUGGCAGCGGGAGUGGACGUGCCCGCUUUCGCACCCCGGGCGGGGAUCCAGAUUGAGACUGACCCGAAGGCGGAUCGCUCAAAGCCAGUGCAGACUGAACGCACCCAUGACGACGAGGCGAUUAUCGAUUCACUCCUCACCAGAUUGGAGGAGGUUGCCCAGCAGCUGGGAUCUGCGCUCAAGCUCGGGCCGAUUCAGUUUGAGAAGGAUGACGACACGAACUACCACAUGGACCUUAUUGCCGGCCUUGCCAAUAUGCGUGCCCGCAACUAUUCGAUUCCCGAGGUGGACAAGCUCAAGGCCAAGCUCAUCGCGGGCAGGAUUAUCCCUGCAAUUGCAACCGCCACGGCAGUCGCUACAGGCCUGGUGUGUCUGGAGCUGUACAAGGCUAUCCUGCCGGGGAAGGCACUUGAGGCGUACCGCAAUACUUUUGCUAACUUAGCGCUGCCACUUUUUGCCAUGGCGGAGCCUAUUCCUCCCAAGGUCACUAAGCAUAACGACUUGACGUGGAGCCUCUGGGACCGGUGGACGUUGGAGGGUGAUCUCACAGUGCAACAGGUCUUGGACUGGUUCAACGACAGGGGUCUGAGUGCUUACUCUAUCAGUUGCGGCCCGGCAUUGCUGUAUAACAACAUCUUUCCGAAGCACGCCGAGCGGCUAAGCAAGAAAAUGAGCGAGCUGGUUGUCACGGUUGCGAAGAUGGAGUUGCCCAGGAAUCGGGAUCAUUUCGACGUCGUGGUUGCCUGCGAGGACGACGCCGGAGAGGACCUGGACGUCCCCCUUGUGUCCAUCAAGUUUAGGUAGCGGAAGCGCUCGGGACUGGCGCAAACAGGGCCACAAUGCCGGCAUGACACCAGGACAUUGUGUAUAGCUAGUCGUACGAGACCGAACAAGAGAAGAGUGUCUUGACGUCUUGGCGUGGAGGGGUAUUGCUGGGGUAGCGAUGCGUGAAUGAGCUUGGCCUGGCUGCGUCAAUGCUUUGCCGGUAACAGGGCCUGUUCACGCAAUAGGCGGCAUGUGUACUGGUCAUGCGUUGAGGCGAGCAUUUUAAUUAGGGUAAGUCUGCAACAGGACGGAAGUUCAGUUCGGCAGGAUUGCUGUUCCUUGCAUAGCUGUUGAAGGUUAAGGGUCAAUGAGUUAGGUUCUUCAGAAACAGAACCCCAUAGUCAACAGAACCGCAUAGUCGUCAUCGUUGGGCCCAACCUACGGCCGGGCAGGUGGCAUUGGCCCAAUCCAUGACCGAACAACCUAUAUACCCCUAUCAACCUCUCCUAAUUAAGCUUUUAAUUCGUACAUGC